CAGCAGGUCGGUAGGCGGGAAAUGGCGACUGGCCGCUGCCGGGGCUGCUGAGCGGCUACGGAGCCCCCGGCGGCGGCGGUGCUGCUUCGUGCGACCAAGGUGGCGGGGGGCCCGGCCCUGCCGCCGGGGUAGCCGGACACCUGACGGACAGCAGAGACGACCAAGGCGACGACGAAGGCGGCGGGAGAAGUGAGGGACGUCCCCCUUCGCCACAGCCGCCGCCUCCUCACCCCCUCAUCUCUCUCAGCGCCUCACAGCAGUUCCAUGACACUUCAGUCCUCCAAAUGUUAGUCUCCUCUGGAGCAGGUCUGGAAAAAUAUCUCAACAACCCAGAAACCUGAACAAAGUAUUCAAGAAGGGCCAUCAGAGUUUGCAGCAUGAAAUCCUUUGAUACCUAGGUGUCCAGGCACCCUGGAAAUUUCCAGACCCAUUUCUUUUUACAUGUGAUACCAACAAAAUGAGGCUGAGAACGCGGAAAGCUUCUCAGCAGUCAAAUCAAAAUCACACGCAGCGUGCACUGAGGGUGAAGAGAAAGUACUCAGAUGUAGAAGAGAGCUUACCUGUUGGGGGAGGAAAACCUCAGAAAAAUGAAACAGGCUUAUUAUCUUCAAUCAAAAAGUUUAUUAAAGGAAGCACCCCAAAGGAUGAAAGAGAACAUCCUGCAAAGAGGAGUAGAACUGAACGUGAUAUAGAUGACAACUUGAUUACAUCCACUCCUCGAACAGGAGAAAAACCUAACAAACAGAUUUCUCGAGUUAGGCGGAAAAGUCAAGUGAAUGGAGAAGCUGGAAAUUAUGAAAUGACAAACCAGCAUGUUAGGCAAAAUGGAAAAUUGGAAGAUAAUCCCGCAACCGGCAGCCCUCCACGGACUACUUUACUGGGGACCAUAUUUUCUCCCGUCUUCAAUUUUUUCUCACCAGCAAAUAAAAAUGGGACAGCCGGCUCAGACUCUCCGGGGCAAGCUGUUGAAGCUGAAGAAAUAGUGAAGCAGCUUGAUAUGGAGCAGGUGGAUGAGAUUAUCACUAGCACUGCAACUUCAGCCAAUGGAGCAUCAUAUACUAGCCAAGCAGUGCAAGUCAGAUCAACGAUCAACAAUGGCUUGGAGGAAGUAGAGGAUGUAACUGAUCGUGAUUUGCCUCCUCUCACUGCACCAGUAUCUCCGGACAGUGGUUACUCAUCAGCUCAUGCAGAAGGUGCCUAUGAGGAAGACUGGGAAGUUUUUGAUCCGUACUACUUCAUCAAACAUGUUCCACCACUAACAGAAGAACAACUUAAUCGGAAGCCUGCUCUUCCAUUGAAAACGAGAAGCACACCAGAAUUUUCUUUAGUUCUAGACUUGGAUGAAACACUAGUCCACUGUAGUCUAAAUGAACUGGAAGAUGCUGCACUCACAUUUCCAGUCCUUUUCCAAGAUGUCAUUUACCAGGUUUAUGUGAGAUUAAGACCAUUCUUCAGAGAAUUUUUGGAGCGUAUGUCCCAAAUCUAUGAGAUCAUUCUUUUUACUGCUUCAAAGAAGGUAUAUGCAGACAAAUUGCUGAACAUACUAGACCCCAAAAAGCAACUGGUCAGGCAUCGACUUUUCCGUGAGCAUUGUGUUUGUGUACAAGGAAACUACAUAAAGGAUUUAAAUAUCCUUGGUAGAGAUCUCUCAAAAACUAUUAUUAUUGACAAUUCACCACAAGCCUUUGCCUAUCAGCUUUCAAAUGGAAUUCCUAUAGAGAGCUGGUUCAUGGAUAAAAAUGACAAUGAGCUCCUAAAAUUGAUUCCUUUUCUGGAGAAACUUGUAGAAAUGAAUGAAGAUGUUCGACCUCACAUCAGAGACAGAUUUCGCUUGCACGACUUACUACCCCCUGACUAAACACCAAUGCUUUGCCAGGUAGCUGAAGGAGAAGAAAAUGCAGGACCUUUUUUUUCCUUUUCUUUUUGGACUAAAACAAAAACAUUGCCAUUACUGUUGAAAUUUUUGCAUUUUUGUACCCUGUCUCGCUUUUCUUAUCUCUGGUGCCCAACAAUAAUCAAGGGUUACAGAAGAACUUUAUAUAAUAAUAUUCGCCAAAUGGAAUCCAUACAGUAGGUAGGCUAGAACAGAAGCGUCUUUAGAACUAGUGCAACUCCAAUAAUUUUUUUUAUGUACAGGACAUCUGCCGUUUUUAAAGAAUUCUGUUUCUGCCACCAGCAGUUUGACCUAUAAACACACACACAGGAUUUUAUGAAAUAACAGAGAUUGAAAAUGGACUCUUUUUCUUUUCUCUCUGUUCGGUGCUCUCUAAGUGGGUUUAUAGCCACUUUGUGUUACUUUUAAGAUUCUCAUUUCAACAGGAAUGGCCAGUAAAUGUUUUUUUUCCCUGUUAAGGUUUAUAACCUUCUUACAUUUUUGACUUGUAUUAGAGUUUAGAAUUUCAUUAUGCAUUCCUUUUAGUUGAGGCGGCUUCAUAGUUUUUCUGGGAAUAGCCAAGUUUUAUUAGUUUUUUAUUAUACAAUUGAAUGGCCAUUUUCCUGCUUUGACUGCCUGCAUACUGUAUAUUUGUUUAAAAAUAUUAUCUAGUUUUAUUCCAUGUAAGUUUCAUUUAGAAAUCUGCGUUUAAAUAUAUAUUUUUUGUUUCUGUAAUAUUCUACUGUAGUGGAAAUCUUUUCAAAAAAAAUCAAGAGACUGGCUAGAUAAGAAAAAAUAUAAGAAUUACUAAUAUUCAGAAUAUUUAAACCAUUGUGAUGGCAUGUACUCUGGACAGAGAUGAUCUAUUGUGGUGGUGCACAUGGCUGAUGGACAAGGAUCAAUACCUCAGAGUCUACUGUGCAUAGUACAAGUCCUUGGGGAGAGCUUGCUUGGUCUAAUGCAAUUCAGUUACUUCUGCCUUCAGUGUCCUCCAAGAAUGAAGUAUUGUGGAGAGCAGUUCAGUAUUUGAAACUGUCUUGCGUGGGUUGGUCUCUCUGCUAUGCAGCUUGUUACAAUCAACGCUAAACUUCUUGCCUAGCAGGGACAGGGCCACCACAGUAACUGUGCAUAACCCUGUGGUUCAGUACACUCCUUUGCCACCAGUGCAGCUGAUAUGCUAUCAGAGUGGUUUUCUAUGCUAUAUGGAAAUGGUUUUCAAGCCUUGGUUCUCUAAUGCAGCUUGUACAAAGAGGCUGAUAUUUUUUUAAUGGAGUGUAAUCUCCUUUUUAGGAGGCUUUUUAUGGAAGGGAAAAAUUUGUAAAAGUUAGUAAGCUUUGCCUCUAAACUGCAUUGACAUGCCAUAGGCUCGGGCUGUUUUUGUGUAAAGGGUGUUGCAGAAUGGCACUUUUUCUAAAGAGAAGUUUGAUAUUUUGUAUGCUUGUUAAAGAAAGUACAGUAUUGGAAAUUAAAGGUGGACAACUGAUAAUUGAGAAGUAUGUCAAUUAAUUUUUUAUGUAUAUUACCUGUUUACUUGUACAAUUUUAUUGUACAAAUUACACGCAGCUUCAUUUUCAAAUGAGUCCUUAAAAUAAGGAAAAUCUUUUUAGGAAAACAUUUAAUUUUUGUAUUUUUUGAUUUUAAAAGGCAUGAGUUAUAUCAACUUUUUCCAAUGUAUUAAUGAAGAUUUUAACUUUUCAUCAGGUUGAGUGUUUUCUUACUAUAUUAUCUGUUGUAUAUGUAGCUAGCACAUUGUGUCACUGAACUGUUAAAAAAAGUAAGCAUGUAGAGCAAGCCUGCUUUGUGGAAAAUCAUUAUUCAUUUGAAACAAAAUUUUGGUGGAUUUUCUGCAGAAAGAAAGAAAAAGAAAGAAAGAAAGAAAGAAAGAAAGAAAGAAAGAAAGAAAGGCCUUUGCUAUCUUGAAUGCUAAAGGUAUUUUGUUUGCAGGAAAAUGAUACAAAUUCAUUUUAAUGAGAAUCUCUGAAAUGUAUUUAUCUUUAGGGCAUCUGAACAUCUUUAUGCUGUUUGUCUUAACGUCUUUAUUGAAAUAAAAUGUACAUAAUGUUACUAAUUAUAUAUAUAUAUAUAUAAAUGUGUAUAUACAUAUAUAUGUAUGUAUAAUAAAUUAUAUAUAUAUAUGUAUAUGUAUAUUAAUAUAUAUAUACAUAUAUAAUUAUAAAUGUGUAUGUGUUUGCAGAGAAGUGACCCCUGUAACCACUCCCUUCCUGUUUUGCUAAAAAUAGGGAUAUAGAUACAUAUGAUUUUGAAAAUGUUAAGUUUUAAAUUUCCCACAUUUUUUUUUUUAAGGAAAAGAUACAUCUAGUGAUAACCAAGAAACACUCCCUUAUUGCUCCUACCGAUGCUAGCAACCCACAGCAGUUUUUCCCAGUGGUCUCUAGGAAGAGGCAUCCCCUGCACACUCUUUCUGUUCACACUUGGAUACAGAAGUUGACCGAGGAGGCUUUGCAGGGACACCUGCCCAGGCUGAGUUUCUUCAGCUUGAUAGAAGCACCAGCUAAAAGUGGGGUGACAGCAGCACGAUAAUGGCAGCUGCGAUGGGAGCAAAAUGUACCUGCCUCAGUGGAAGGUAGGCACAGAGAGAUUCUUUAUUUUCUGCAGUUCACAAAUAAGUGAGUAGAACCUCCUCCCCACCAAAUAAAUAGUUGGACAUUUUUUGGUGACUUGAAGGAAAAACUGUACAGCAUCUUCUUUAGAGUACCUUUCUGAAGCAUUUGUGCAUUUCCUUUUUAAAAAAAAAAAAUCCAUUACAAACCCCACUGCUUUUCGUGAAGCUGACACAGUGCAUAUUACUAACCUACCUGUUAUGUGAUCACUGAAAAGAGAAAAGAAGAAAGAAUGUGAGCUUUUACAACAACGAUUAUUAGAAAUUGUAGGGAAAUCUACAGUCCUACCUAGGACAGCUAAAUCAACCAUUGCAGGCUGCUCUGUAAAUACAUAUUAAAGUAUCAUUUUGUAA